UGGAGGCUGGAGCGGGAGCGCUGAGUAGUCGGGCGGCGGUACAGCGGCCCGGAAUAGGGGGCGGGGGUGUUGGUCAUGUUUCCCUUCGGGCCCCACAGCCCGGGCGGGGACGGGGCGGCUGGAGCUGAGGAGCCGCCGCCUCUCGGAGGGCCGGCGGCAGCUUCCAGACCGCCCUCUCCAGCUCCGCGGCCGGCGCCCCAGCAGCAGCAGGGAGCUGACGCGGCCCCUCCCCCGCCCGCAGCCCGGAGCCCUCGCCUCCCGGGCGGCCCCGCGCUGUCGUCGGCUGAGCGUGCGGGAGAGCUCGCGGCCCCCGGAGCUCUGGAGCUGUCGGCAACUGCAGCGCAGGCCGAGCUGUCACCGUCGUCCUCGCCGCGCAGGCGCUCGAGGCCAGACUGCAGGGCCGGUCACCGGAGCCGGCAGGGCCUCGGCGCGGGCCUGGGCGGCCCUGGCGCCCGACUGUUCGGGUGGCUGAGGGAGCGGAGCCUCGGCCGCGGGCUGUUCGUGGACCCGGCGCGGGACAAUUUCCGCACGAUGACGAACCUGUAUGGUUCCAUCCACCCCGCGGACUCCGUGUACCUCAGCACCCGCACCCACGGGGCUGUCUUCAACCUCGAGUAUUCGCCCGACGGGUCAGUGCUGACAGUUGCUUGUGAACAGACUGAAGUUCUGCUUUUUGACCCUAUUUCUUCAAAGCACAUAAAAACCCUUUCUGAAGCGCAUGAAGACUGUGUGAAUAAUAUCAGAUUUCUUGAUAACCGGCUAUUUGCUACCUGCUCUGAUGAUACUACAAUAGCACUAUGGGAUCUGAGAAAAUUGAACACCAAAGUAUGCACUUUACAUGGUCACACUAGCUGGGUGAAGAACAUCGAAUAUGAUACUAAUACAAGACUCUUAGUAACAUCAGGAUUUGAUGGAAAUGUCAUUAUAUGGGACACUAACAGGUGCACAGAAGAUGGGUGUCCACAUAAGAAAUUCUUUCAUACACGUUUUCUUAUGCGAAUGAGAUUAACACCAGAUUGUUCUAAAAUGUUGAUCUCAACAUCCUCUGGAUAUCUUUUGAUUUUGCACGAUCUGGACUUAACUAAGUCUUUAGAAGUAGGCAGCUAUCCCAUUUUGAGAGCAAGAAGAACUACUUCAAGUUCAGAUUUGACCACUUCAUCAAGUUCUUCUGGUUCUAGAGUUUCUGGUUCACCUUGUCAUCACAGUGAUUCUAACUCAUCUGAGAAACACAUGUCACGAGCCUCUCAACGAGAAGGAGUUUCACCACGAAAUAGUCUUGAAGUCUUAACCCCUGAAGUUCCUGGUGAGAGAGAUCGUGGAAACUGUAUCACAUCUUUACAACUGCACCCCAAAGGCUGGGCCACCCUUCUUCGUUGCUCAAGCAACACUGAUGAUCAGGAGUGGACUUGCGUCUAUGAAUUCCAAGAAGGAGCUCCAGUGCGGCCUGUGUCACCUCGAUGUUCCCUGCGGCUGACUCAUUACAUUGAAGAAGCUAAUGUAGGCAGGGGCUACAUCAAAGAACUUUGCUUCAGCCCCGAUGGACGAAUGAUUUCUUCCCCACAUGGCUACGGGAUUCGCUUGUUGGGAUUUGACAAGCAGUGCAGUGAGCUUGUUGACUGUUUACCCAGAGAAGCCAGCCCCCUGCGGGUGAUUCGCUCUCUGUACUCUCACAAUGACGUGGUCCUGACAACAAAGUUCUCUCCCACACACUGUCAGAUUGCCUCAGGGUGCCUUAGUGGACGGGUCUCUCUGUACCAGCCAAAGUUUUAGGCACAACUUACAUCAAAUGAGGAACUCUUCUGGUGUUUGUUUAUGAAUUACUUCAAUUUAGGUGAAGUAUUUUCUUUUUUAGAAGAUCUUAUAACUCUGGUCAAGAUAUUGGUUCUUAGGGUUGGGGAGCGCCAUGACCCGAGUCCUUGGCCAUCCAGCAUCAUCUGGGCAUCUCCGUUCCGACCAUGCGGCAUCGUUCUGCCGGCAUUCCUCUGCUCCUGCUGUCUGUGCCGCUGACUUUGGGUUUUCCUAGUCAUUUUGCAUGUGGCUCUUGUUCUCCCCCCAUCCCUAUUUUCAUCACUGCUCCCCCCCCAUUUUAUUUUGGUAUGAAUUUUGUGAGCAUUGGAUUAGAGUCAUGGUUGGGAUGAGGAACAGCCUGUGAUACUAGUGUUAAAUAAAACCCAGAAGUUGGAUGUUGGCACACCACUUGUUGAAAAAAAGAAAGUUCAUCCUCAUUUAUCAGUACACUUGGCCUUUAAAGUUGCUGUCAAAUAUUGAGCACAGAUAAUAGCAUUAUUCUCAUAACUGAUACUCUUGCAACAAAAUAUUCUUUUAAAAUUUCCUGUUAAAAUUAUACAAGUUAUCUCAUGUGAGAUUUUUGUUGUGAAAUUCUAGAAAAAUAUUGCAACCUAUUUGUAAUUUAUUUUACUUGUAUGAAUUUAAAAUCUCCAGCAUGUGUCUUUAUUUGGUAUUUUGUUCCUGUCAGCAGCAUUGGAAAGGAAAGGAAUGAGCUCGGUCAUUUCUGUUGUACAGAAGAUUUAUUCAUUAGGUUGGUACAGUUUCUGGCCAUAGAGUGAGAAGACUAAGUUGGCUUAGAUUGGCUGUGAUUCUUUGAGUCACACAUAUGAGCUGUUCACAGUAAUGGGUGGGAGGAAAAUAAAAGAUUUUAUUGUCUUUAUUCCUUCAGCCAGAGAGCAUAAACUCAGCUCUCGCCAUCACUAAGAAGGGAGCUGUAGUCCUUUAAGCUGCUGUCUGUGACUUGAGUAGCACUACUGGCUCUUCUUUGGGCAUGGAAAGUAUCAGGCAAGGUGUGAAGGCAAUGCUACUCCUGUCUUGGAUGGGCAGCAUUCUUCCAGUCUCUGCUGCAUUGAUGGGCACUGUUUGUUGAGAUGUGUUAGAAGCUGGAAUAACUUAAGCCGUGCAGAGCCUUGCUCUUUUUGUCAUAUGCCCUUUAGGCCAGCGUUUCUCAAAUAUUAUAUGCAGUAUAAUCCUUGAAGGAUUUGUGAAAAAUGCAGGAAUCAUUUCUGGGCCUGACCUUAGAAGACUGAUUUAGGCAUGGAAAGGACCGGACUCUGUUUAUAAACAGAAUCUUAAAUCAUCUAUAUCCAGGUGGCCUCCAGGUCAUAGUUUGAAAACAAGCUGAAAUUAUAGUAGGUAUUUCUCUACCCAUUUGGUGCUUAACACAUUCCCACAAGAUGUCUCAUCUAUUUAAACAGUAAUCGUAAUAAAUCAACAAUAGCAAUUUUAGAGUAGCAUAUAACUUGAAAUGGUAUUCAUUUCAUCGUUAGACAAAUGAAAGAAGUUAAAUGAUUUGCCUAAGGUCAUACAAAGUGGGAAGGCCAGAGCUUCAAGUCUCUUAAUUCCUCGCUCAAGGCAGUUUCUACUGUAUUAUGAUGGCUGUUAAAAACAUCAGUGACGCCAGGCAGUGGUGGCACGUGCCUUUAAUCCCAGCACUUUGGGAGGCAGAGGCAGGCGGAUCUCUGUGAGUUCGGGACCAGCCUGAUCUACAAGAGCUAGUUCUAGGACAGGCUCCAAAACCACAGAGAAACCCUGUCUCAGGAAAAAAAAAAAAAAAAUCAGUGAUUAUGGGCAUUUUGUCUUUAGGUUAUAUUAUUGUGAAUAAGAUGAUCAGAUUGGAAAAGGCAGCAUGGGAGUAGAUGGUGAAAGUUUUAUCCAUAGCAAAAAAGGUAUUUAAUACAGAAAUGUUGAAACAGCCCAAAUACACGAAUAAAUGCACAAUUCUUUAUCGUUCCCAUCAGCCAUUCACACACCUGUAAGAGCUCGUGUCUCCCAAAGAACAAUUCUAGCUCUGGGGCAGUCUUUAAAAAUUAGAUCUUAUCAUAGAUGUUAGAAAAGCUGGUAAAUUUGUAGUCAUUGAAAAAACAGCAAAGUAUAGUGAAAAUCAUAGGCUUGCUUCUAUAGCUAAUUUAGACAUAAGGAUAUUAAGAUGGCGAGUUGCUUUGCUGUGUUCUUAUUUGCAAAUACAGAGUUCAGAAUGAUAGUCUACAGCCAUACUACCCUUGAAUGCACAUGAACCCACCUUAGAAGCUAAGUGGGGGUCAGGCCUGGAUGGGAGAAUUCAGAAGGAUGCAAAUGCAAUUAUCGAAGAGGGAUGCUUUUUAUUUCCUUUUAUAACCGAGCUGUUAUCUGGAGUCUGUGCUCUCUCUCUGGUUCUCCUGGAGGGGGGGGGUGGCAAACAUCAAACUCAGGCUAUGCAAGGCUCCCUCCCAAGCAGCACUGGAUUCAGACCCAGGUUUGCCUGUUUAUUUUAUUACUAAGUUUGUACUGACUUCUCUACCAUUUUGCCCCUUGGUUUGUGAAGGAUGAGCUACCUUGGUCUGUUAAUGUAUGCGCUUGAUAUCUUCUGCAAAAUUUUAUUACAAGGCUGGCCUUGUUGCCUUUAGUGCUGCAUAGAACAUUUCAAACACUGAUGUUUCCAUGAGACUGCAGAUCAUCACCUCAGGCAUACAUGUGGGCCAUUCCUAAGCUAAAAACAAAGCAAGCAGCGCUCGUGGUGUUGAAAGUAUAGAGGAGCCGGGCGGUGGUGGCGCACGCCUUUAAUCCCAGCACUCGGGAGGCAGAGGCAGGCGGAUCUCUGUGAGUUCGAGACCAGCCUGGUCUACAGAGCUAGUUCCAGGACAGGCUCCAAAGCCACAGAGAAACCCUGUCUCGAAAAAAACCAAAAAAAAAAAAAAAAAGAAAAAAAAAAAAAGAAAGUAUAGAGGAUAGCUUUGUGAGAAAGCAACAAGGCCACAGAGAUGAGAACCGAAAAGAGCCAGCAAGUGCUGCAGCAGGGAGAGUCAGGGCCAAGACAAAAAUCAGACAGUAUUAACCAGAAUUGAAGGGCCUCAGAAAACCUGUGCUAUUGGGAAAAGUUACAUAUUACCUUAUGUUCAGACCAUUUGAACAGUCUGAAAAUCUGGUACUUUUUACUGUUUUAUUUAUACAUUUCUAUUAUAAUUGGUAGAAGUAUAUUAUAAGUGAUAAUGAAGUUAUUGUUGGUAAAUCUUGGUAACUAAGUUAUUCUGGCUAAAAGCUUCCUUCAGAACACCUGUUAAUGGGAAUGCUAUGUUGAAUGACUUAGGUGUAUCACAUAUACAGUAGUUGCUUAUUUUCAAUCAGGAAAUGAAGGGCUAAAAUAAGAGUCUUGUUUUUAAAAAAUAUGUGUGACCGUGGAGCUGGAGAAAUGGCUCACAGUUAAGAGCACUGAUUGCUCUUCCAGAGGACCCAGGUUCAAUUCCCGGUACCCACAUAGCAGCUCACACCUGUCUGUAACUCCAGUUGCAGGGCUUGACACCUCACACAGACAUACAUGCAGGCAAAACACCACUGAACAUAAAAUUUUUUUAAAAAGUGAUCACAGCCUUUAAUCCCAGCAUUCGGGAGGCAGAGGCAGGCGGAUCUCUGAGUUCGAGACCAGCCUGGUCUACAAGAGCUAGUUCUAGGACAGGCUCCAAAGCCACAGAGAAGCCUUGUCUCAGAAAAAGCAAAAAAAAAAAAAGUGAUCAUAGCUAGUGUUGGCACACGCCUUUAAUCCCAGCGCAGGGGAAGCAGAGGCAGGUGGAUCUUCAGUGAGCUUGAGGUCAGCCUGGUCUACAUGCCAAGGUUCCAGGCUAGCCAUAGUUAUACAGUGGGUCCCAGUUUAUUUGUUUUAAGUGUAUUUUUGUUUUUUCACAAAGCCCAAAUCAUGUCUAUUUUGUUAUUUCUCCCUGUUAGAUCCCUAAGAAGAAACCACAAUAAAAGUUUUAAGGGAAUAACGCAAAGGAAAAUAUAAAGUUCAUGUUCCCUACUCCUGCAUCUAGGACCAGAUCAGCUCAUGUAAUCUUAAAGGCUGUCACUCUAGAAGGGGAGCAGAGGGGAAACACCCCAAGAAACCCUUAGAAGACUGUUGUCUCUCACACUGGACCAUGCAGCACCGUGUCCCUAAGUGUCUGUUACACUUGGCUUUUAGUUUAUUAUUUUUUUUUCGAAACAAGGUUUCUGUGUGUAGACCUGACUGUCCUGAAACUCGCUGUGUAGACCAGGCUGGCCCCCAAUUCAGAGUUCCCUCUGCCUCUGCCUCAAGUGUGCACUACCAUGCCAGGCUUUCAUCUGACUUUUAUAAAGCAGGGGAUAUGGUCUGGUAACUUCCUGGUGACAAUCAUCCUCAUUCAGUGACCAGUGGUCCUUGGGUGCUGUAUAGAUCCAUUCUGUAACACCUUCUGUUGGUCAUGAAUGAAUCCAUAUAUGUGGAUUUUGUUUGGAUAACUAAUGUGUAUCUCUUAAGUGCCAAAAUUUUAAAUUUGUAAUUAUUUUUGAUGCAAGUCUCCGUAGGUAUGGUAGUCUACCUCUCUUAAACAGCAUGCUCAGUCUGAUUCACUUUAUCAUGAUGAAGUUACAUUACAUUCAAGAUGUAUUAUUGCAAAUCCACAACGAGCUCUGAUACAUGUAGAAUAUUUCAUAGAACACAAAGGGCUAUAAGAAAUGUGAGAAAUAUCUCCUAGGAAUAUUCCCUCAACUAUGUAUUUGCCUCAUUGUUAGCUUUAAAAAUGUAUAUUGCGAAGUAAUGUAUUCUAUCAGCACGCCUGUUUCUAACAAGCUCCUACUUUCUUCUGUGCGGUCUUACGGGCUGCGACAUGAGUUAACCAGUCCUGGUCACCACCUACAAAAAUAACUGGGCAGACUCUGGGCACACAGUGAGGCGGCUCCUUUGGCCGUGUUCUGCUCACCAUCUGAGGAGUGAAGCCCACUGUUAAAGGUGGGGAAAGCAAGUAAAGGCUGCAUAAACCAGAGCUGCUGCUGCUGCUGCUGCUGGACCCCAGACCAGCACUGAACUGACGCAGAGUGCAGCAACGACAGCGCUCCAUCUGCGAGGGGUAAGCAACACAUACAGAAGGACACCCACGGAGUGCAGAAGAGAAAGGAAAAGGAAGCUCCAGGUAGGCUUAGGACUAUAGAGAUGCCACUGAAACCAUUGAAAUGUAUGCCUGAUAUCACACUAAAGGCCACCGAACAUGGUCAUCCUAGAGAUACCUCCUGCCACUGUCCUGAGAACUGCUCCCAUUCAAAUGAUAAUGGAAACUAUCGCCAACAGGAAAAUCUCCAGUUUGCCGUAAAUGAGCUGACAGAGGUUCAGUCAAAAGCCCUGAGGAGCACAUCUGAUGCACACAUCUUUUGGAUGUAUGUAUAUAGAAACGUGACACCCCCAGGAGUGAUAAAGUAAUGUUCAGGAUUUAAAUCCGGUCACAGUCUUUAAGAUAGAGCCUUGGGAAAGCUAUGGAUUCGACCUUUUUGGUCAAAUGUUAGGUUUGUGUUUUUAACAAACUUCGAACAUUCUAGUUAAUAAGCUGCCAAUCAGAACACUUUGUCGCAGGGUCUAAGGUGCUAUUGGCUUGUCUGCUAGACUGUGCGCUCCUUCAGGGCAGGGCCAUCUUUAUUCUUGUAUCCAUGGUGCCCGGGAGAGGAUCUGACAGAGUGGUUGUUCAAUAAAUGUCUGUUGAAUGAGUCAAAUGAACCUUCACUAUGUGUGGCCUCAAGUUCUCAUGAAGCCAGAAUGUGAUGGAAAACUUAACGAGCCCCAG